GAUCACACUCCUUAAAACCCACUGUCCUCCGCAGCUGUCCCGUCCCGGCCCCUGGAGGAAGAGAAGCAGCAGCAGCAGCCAGAACCAGGUCCGCACCGCGGCACCAUCACUGCUGCCUCUCGCCUGAACAGUAACAUGGUUUGCAGGGUUCGGCUGCUCUAGCCAAGGGCCACUUCAGUCAGUCACUCAGCCGGCGUGUGUGUGUUUGUGUGUGUGUAGAUGUGUGUGAGAGUGCAGUAAAGGAGCACACACAGCAGCAAACCAGACGGAGACAUCCAGCAGCGUUACUCUCCCCGAGCUCCAGGAGGAGACGCGUCCAGAGCGAGCCCCGCAUCCCUUCAUCUCUCCCCCGGCUGUCCUGCACACCAGCGCCGCUGGACCGGAGCAGGGCUACUACCCCUCCAUCACCUCCAGCUGCACCGACACUACAUCGGCUCCAUCGGGUGUGAAAAGUGGACUGGCCAGAGCUGUAGUUGCUGUUGUCGUCAAGGAAACCGAGAGUCCUGUCGUGUUACCAUGGGUAAACAGAACAGCAAACUGCGGCCAGAGAUGCUGCAGGACCUUCGGGAGAAUACUGAGUUCUCCGACCACGAGUUACAGGAGUGGUACAAGGGUUUCUUGAAGGAUUGCCCCAGCGGAACCCUGAAUGUUGAAGAGUUCAAGAAGAUUUACGCCAAUUUCUUCCCCUACGGUGAUGCCUCCAAGUUCGCUGAGCACGUCUUCCGAACCUUUGACACCAAUGGUGACGGGACGAUAGACUUCCGGGAGUUCAUCAUCGCCCUGAGCGUCACGUCACGGGGCAAGCUGGAGCAGAAGCUGAAAUGGGCCUUCAGCAUGUACGACCUGGACGGAAACGGGUACAUCAGCCGCGACGAGAUGCUGGAGAUUGUACAGGCCAUCUACAAGAUGGUGUCAUCUGUGAUGAAGAUGCCAGAGGAUGAAUCCACGCCAGAGAAGAGGACGGAUAAGAUCUUCAGACAAAUGGACCUCAAUAAUGAUGGCAAACUGUCCCUGGAGGAGUUUAUCAAAGGUGCCAAAAGCGACCCCUCCAUCGUGCGGCUACUUCAGUGCGACCCCAGCUCGGCCUCCCAGUUCUGAACUCCCGCCUGGCUGCGACCCCCCCUUUUCCUCCUCACCUCCUCUCUGUUGCUACUGAACCAGUCACAAAAAAAAUCAAUGCAUGAUGGUUCUCAUCCCUCAUAUCAUCUUAUAUUUUUUUAUGUUGUGCAAGGAUAGAGGAGGGAUUUUAAAGAGGAUAAGAAAGGUCAUCACUGUCGUUUUACUUUCAUUUUUAUAUUUGGGGAAGAUUCUCUCUCUCUCUCUCUCUCUCUCUCUGGAACGUCAGAUUUCCAGGGAGAUUGCUCGUUUUCUCCUCCACGACCCGUGUAUAUCAUGUACAUACUGUAUGUCUAUGUAUAUCAUAAGAUGAAGUACGUUUGUCUUCAUGUAUGGUGCACACACUCCGGCAUUGAAAGGCAGUAUUAUGUAGCGUAGCAUCAUGGUCUGAUCUGAAUGGGUUUAGGGAGUAAAAGGUGGGUGGGUGGGGUUAUUGGGAUUUUUCUGCUAUAUGAUGUUUCCCUGAGAAAAAGAAGGCCUAAGAUCCCAUUAGGUUUUUAUUAAAUAUCUACUUGCUUAUUGUUGAUUUUUAAAUUUCAAAUGUCUUUGUUUUUCAUUUGUACAUAUGAUUUUCCUCCAUGUUGUUUUAUUUAUUCAUUUUUAUUCUUAUCAUUGUGCUUUUACUUUGAUAAGUUGUUAAGGAUGUUGCAGUUUACAGUGACAGAGGGAGAGAACAUGUCCGCUGAGCUCGAAGCCGUUGGGAGUUUUGUAAUUGUGUUCAAGUGGGAGGAUACGCAAAUCUUGUGAAAUAAGGAAGUCCCAUGAUGCAUUUGAUCAAAAACACCAGUAGCACAUAUCGUUUGAGCCGCCAUGUCUUUGUAAAAGUGUGGCCGCGCAUUUAGGUCAGAAUGUGUGUGUGCAUGUGAAUUUGCGCUGUAUGCUUGAAGCUAACUUUUACAGUAUUAUCAUGUCGUGCUGUUUCCUAAUCUGUAAGUAUUUUAAAGUUCUUUAUCGACAAGUAGUAAACUUGAAGAGUCCCAAUCCGUCACUACACUGCAUGUUCCUGCGAUCUAGACGACGACAAGAAUACGCAAAACCAGUUAAGGCACAGCGGUAUCCUUUUGUAGCUCUGCAGCGUCCUCAGCAGCGUACCAGACGUACCAGACUGAAUAUUUGUCUCUGGGACAAACCCUGACCCCCCGACCCCCAACCCCCUUCUCUCUCUUUCUCUUUUCCUCUGACAGACUGGAAAGUUCACUAAGGGCUCGUUCAUCCCUCUCUAGUUGAAUGCUUUUAUAAACUGGAUCAGUCCGCUCACACAGCAGUAACAUAGAGGGACAGGUGUCAUGAGACGGGAGAGAGCUCACGUACUUGUUCUGAUUUGGAUUUUCUAGGCUUUUAUCAGACUUGUGCCGUAACCUGACAGAAACCAGUGGCUGUGUUUAUAUUAGCACUAAUAGACAUCUUUAAUUAUAUAUUGAUAUUCUGCCAUUUUUGAUUCACAUAAGCUUAAUUCAGGGGCUGCAUCCUUCGGAGGAGGCCGUCUAUGUAGACCUCUAAGACCGAACCAAAAGGAGACUGGUCUACAGAGGCUCUCUGUGAUUGGUGUCACCAGCCUGUCCCGCCCUUAUUGCUUUCACCCAGCAAUAGAGCUGAAGUUUGACACGCCAAGAAAGUUUUAAUGCCCCUUUUUUUUUUUACAUGUGCACCUUUUGUUGUUCAGUUGAGUUAGAGCAUCAUUGCAUGUCUCGUCACUUUCUGGUGCCAUGGAUCCCCUGUUGGAGCUUUCGUUUCUCGGGGGUGGAAGGAUGUGUUUGGAGGAUGCCUUGGACAGUAUAGUCACGCCACUGUGACACAAUGAGUCUUCAAAUGCAGCCUCCGGAGGAUGCAGCUCCUAAAUUGAGAGACAGAGAAAGUGAAGAACUUGGAAACACGGCAUCAAAUCGGUUUCUCUAAUCAAAUAAAGUAUUUUAUUUUCAACUGUGUGAGAUUAGAGUUUUAAAACAAAGCCUUUACUGAACAAAACAUGUUUCACAAUUAAACACCUCCAUCCUAAAUCCUGUGCACGUGUAAACAGAGCCACUGGUCGCAGCGAUGCCAGCACCUCUCUCAUGUAUAAGUCAUGUAAGGCCCUGUUGCCGCAUCUCUGUUGCCACCUUCUGUUUUUGGAAAUAAACACACUAUAAAUUC